UUGGCUGUCCCGGAGAAAUCUUCGUUUGCCCUUUUACAUUAUUCCGAUUUUUUUUUUUGCCCAGCUUCGGCUUUUGCUUCGGUUUCAUUGCAUUCUGAGGAUUGAUAGCGCGUCGCGGGAAGAGAUUGAGAUACUCCUGUUGGUGUCUGCGCUUCGCUUUGUGAUGGAUGGGAACAAAGACGAGGCGCAGAGAUGCGUGAACAUGGGAAAGGAUGCUUUGGAGGCAGGGGAUAGGGCUCGCGCGAUCAAAUUUCUAACCAAGGCGCGGCGCCUGGACCCUACCCUUUUUAUCGAUAACCUCCUCUCCUCUGCCGGCGCAGAUGAUGCCAACGGGACUGAUGAUGCCGGAGAUAUUUCGCCGACGCAGUCUGAUGCUCCUGGAAAGGACUUAGACAAAGGUGGGGAAGCCUCAUCAUCUUCGUUCUCUUCUGCCACUCUUAGGGCUAGGGAGAAGUCUUCCCCAGCUUCAGCGAAUGGAUCUGCAGCGGCAUACACGGAGGAGCAGAUCACUAUUGUUAGGGAGAUAAAGAAGAAGAAGGAUUACUAUGAGAUAUUGGGGCUAGGGCGGAGCUGCACCGUGGAAGAUGUGCGCAAGGCAUACCGGAAGCUUUCAUUGAAGGUUCAUCCGGACAAGAAUAAGGCGCCUGGUGCUGAGGAAGCAUUUAAGGCGGUCUCUAAAUCCUUUCAGUGUCUUAGCAAUGAAGAGAGCAGGCAAAGGUAUGAUGUUUCUGGUUCUGACGAUCCUGCUCCAGUUAGGCGGUACCACCAGGCUCGUGGACGUGGGUUUAAUGCCAAUGGUUUCUAUGACGCUGACAUUGAUGCGGAGGAGAUAUUUAGAAACUUUUUUGGUGGAAUGCAUCAGGCAACUACUCCUUUUGGUACCUUUCAUUUCCGUGCUGGUGGCAUGGGUGGUGACGGUGGUCAUGGGAUGCAUGACUCUGGUAAUUUUAACAUCCGCACUCUUUUACAGAUCCUGCCCAUCAUUGUUCUGCUCUUGAUUAAUUUCCUCCCAUCCUCUGAUCCUUUGUACACAUUCAAUCGUUCCUACCCAUAUGAACACAAGGUUUUGACAUCAAAGGGUGCCCCCUUUUAUGUUAAGUCUGCAAAGUUUAACCAAGAUUAUCCUUAUCAAAGUUCUGAAAGGGUUGCAUUGGAGGCACGCAUUGAGAGGGAGUUUGUUGGUUUGCUUUCACAAAAUUGUCGGCUUGAGUUGCAGCGGCAACAGUGGGGUUUCCAGCACCAGACGCCUCACUGUGACAUGCUUCGGAAAUACCAAGAAGGAGAAAUUGUUUGAUGUCUAUUGCAAGAUUUGGUGCCAUUUACUCUAAGAUGCCGAUUUAAAUGCAAAUUAAAGUUCUGGAAGCUGCUUUCCAUCUCUGAGCCAGAGAUGGUCCGCAUUGAGAUUUAUGGCUGAGUUAUUGAUCAUUCAACAAGUCAGUUUGUGCUAUCUAAUAAAAACAGAUUUCAACAUAGUAGACCUGCAGCAUCUUACUAAACCGCUGCCGUAUUGCAAUUCAACAUACAUAAUGUAGUUGCAAACGUGCAUAGAGAAAUCUCAUAUUUUUUAGCUUCUUCCUGCCUUAUAUUACACAUUAUGAAUUAUUACACUCAUGGAGUGUAGUUUUUCUUUCAACCUUUUAUUGGAAAUUGAAGUGCUUAUGUGCAAACUAAAUGUUUUUGCUCCCAUAUGUUGCUGAAUUCUAUGUGAUCUGGUGUGACUCGAUACUCAAAAAAAUCUGUUCUAAUGGCUAGUUUGUGGCA